AGUCUGACUACCAUGAUCGGCGGAAGCCGUAUAUUAAUUAAUAAUUUGAUAUCGAAAUUACAUCGUCGAAAUUUAUGACAUAAAAACGACUUAUAAAUAACUAUUAAUUAUAUAAUUGUACACAAUAUUUCCAAUAACAAGUUUUAUAAUCGUGUUAUGUAUGAUAUAACCUCAAAAUACUUAUUUGUGAUUUUUUCCCGGGUUAUCUAGUGAUUUUGCCAAAAUGGAAAGAAAUAUAGAAUGUAGCUCGAAGAAACAAAUUAUUACGGCAUUGUUAGCAACCAUACCAUCUUUCACGUAUGGCAUCCAAAUCGGCUGGCUGUCGCCCAUGGCGUCGCUACUCCUGGCGCCCGGCCUCACGACUGAGCCAGUCACUGCCCAGGUCAUAUCCUGGAUGGCUGCAGCCUUGCCCCUGGCUGGGAUAUGCGGGAUACCCUUCUUUAGCUUCGCCUCUGACAGAUUUGGGAGGAAGAUCUGUAUCAUUGGAGCUUCGCUGCUGUCUUGUAUAUCCUGGGCCAUCAAACUGACAUGGAUCACGCCCCCGGGCCUCAUCAUAGCCAGGAUAAUGGCUGGGUUCGCUGCAGCGGGCUGCUUCGUGGUCGUCCCUGUGUACAUCAGGGAAAUCGCUGAGAGCAACUUGAGAGGCGCUUUGGGAUCUCUUGUGAUGACCGUCUGCAAGCUCGGGGUCAUCUUUGUCUAUGCCGUCGGGAUGUCGCUGAGUUACGCCGGAAACCAAGCAGUUUACUUGUCUCUAGCGGUAACCCACGUGGUGCUGUUUUGUUUUAUGCCCGAAUCCCCCAAUUAUCUGUUGAAGAUUGGCAAAGAAAAGGAAGCCAUCAGAACCGUGGCGUGGUUGCGGAGUAUACCCAAGUCCUGUAAACUCGUCAGCGACGAGCUGGAGAGGCUGAAGGUCGAACAGCGGAGCUUCGACGAAGCUCCGGCGGUCACCAUCACGAGCGUCGUGCGUGACAAAGCGACUUUCCCAGCGCUGCGCAUGGUAAUGAUGCUGAUGGCCAUGCAGACGCUGUCCGGGUGCUUCGCCCUCAUGAACUACGCGGCGGACGUGUUCCGGCGCGCGGGCACCGAGUGGAGCCCUAACAUGCUGGCGCUAUUCAUGGGCUCCUUGCAGCUGGUCGGGGCGUUCUUCACGACGAUGUCCAUUGAGAAGUUUGGCAGAAAGAUUCCGCUGGCAAUCAGCUCGCUAUUAGUCUCCCUGUGCAUGGCGACCCUGGCCACCUGUUUCCUGGUCGGCACCGAGACAGUGCCGUGGCUGCCUGUGGUGGCCGUAUGCUUGUGCAUCCUGGCGUAUGGAGUGGGCCUCGCGCCCGUGCCGAUGGUCGUCAUGGCUGAGGUGUUUACAUUUCAGAUGCGCGCGCGCAUGGCGGGCGCCUCAAUGGCUUUCUCUUUCUUCUGCAGCUCCAUGACUGUCAUCUUCUACACGCCAGUCGCGAACCAGUUCGGUCCAUAUGUUGUAUUCUAUACCUUCGCUGCGGUAACUCUGUAUGGGUUUUUGUAUACUAUACUGUGGGUGCCGGAGACGAAAGGAAAGAGCUUGGAGCAGAUUCAGAGCUAUUGGAAGAAACCAGAACCGGUUUUUGUAUAGGAUUGUAGUAUAAGAAUGCCUACUAAGACCUCACGUAUGUAAAUGUAGUGAAAAGUUGUGACUAGGGAUGUGCCGUUCUGGAAAAUCGGUCAGAAACGACACGGAAAUUUUCUUGGAAACUCCUUGAGAAAUUUAUCUUCAGGGAACAGAUAUCAUCGGUAUUUUCCAGGAAAGAAAAUUACACAACACAAGGUUUAUCGCAGUCUCACUUUUUCUCAUACAAUACUCGUGUGACAUUUUGCGGCACUAUCAAAGUGGGUUUAGUCUAGUCGACUGAAAUUUAUUUAUUUAUACAAUUAGGUAUGUACAUAGAUAAGGUAAUUUAGCGAAACCUAAAAAUAUUUGGGAUAGUACUUACCAAAAAUUUCAAUAAGUGCUUAUGUCGGCUCCACACUAUCGCCGAACUUUACCGAUUCAACAUACAUUGUUGGUUCUUCAUAACGGUAAAUAGAACCACACAAUGUUCACGCGUUAGCGUCCGCUUCUGUACGAGUGUGGCGAUCAUUUACGUACACUGUUCAAAUGAGUUUCUUUCGGCAUUUCUUCUCAGCAGUGGUCGUUUCGAAAUGCCAGUAAUUUGUGGCUUGUGAGAAAUUACUAUUUAAUAUAAAAAAUUAAGUGAAAAAGUACCUGUUAAGGUCUAAUUUCCGAAUGAUUUGAAUUUGUACUUUUAUGACACUUAUGGGAAAUUAAAAUAAGUACAUAUUUACCUUAUUAGUGUUCUCCAUUUAUUAAUCAUGCUAGUCAGGCUAAGUGGGCUGGGUACUAUUCGGAGAAUACACAAAAAUACUAGACUAGUUACUUAUCAGCAUAUUUUCAAUAUUUUGCUAUCAUUAUAACACGUCACACUGGAUUACUCAUCGAAUACAAAUCUGACGCAACACGUCGAAAGCAAUAAAUAUACUAAAUAGACAAAUUUUGUGUACAACACAGGAACAUUGCGUAGCUUAUAUGACUUUUAUUACCACAAUUAAAGACCAGCAUUGUAUGCCGAAUACGUCAAAGUUCGGUAAACUUGUCCGCGAUAGUGUGGAGCCAGCAUAAGUUUAAUUUUACUAAAUACAAAGAAUUAUAAAAUAUUUAUACGUAAACAAAUAGUGAUGUAGGUGCCUAAAACAUUGACCAAAAUACAUAGAGAGGAUGUUCCUCAACUCUGUCAUCAAUAUGAAAACUAUGUUUUAUGAUAUCAUUUACAAAUGAGCUCAAAUAUAGCAUUUAAGGAUUGUAAUUUAGUUGUAUUUUAAAAAACAAGUGAUAGAAGUCAAAUCCUGAGAAGAACGAAUGAUACUGAACAACUAAACCCAAAACUACUACCAAAGAUACUAAUAAAGUAUCUUAUCUCUCUUAAAAUAGGGUAAUUGCCUGUGUAUAAAAUAAAAGAAUGUCACUUGAUCAAUAUUAUUUAUAGUAUGUAAGUACUUAACGCAUUUAGUAUGUUUUGUUCUCAUUAAAGUUUAACAUAAAUCGUUUUUUUUAUUCCAACAUUUGCGGCAUUUCUUGUGUUGUUGACUCAUGGAAAAAUAUCUGUAUUGACUUGAUGUCAACUACCACUAUUGUGGACUAUUGUCUGUUUUAAUUUUAUGAAUUAUGUACAGUUGUAAUUCAGUAAUGUAAUAAAAGACAUACCAAAUAAAAUACACAAUUUAUAUGUUUA